AUGGAGGACCCAGGAAAAGGGGCCCGUGGUGAUUGGAGGAAGAGUGUUUACCUCUCACCUCAGCUCGAGCGCCGGUCGGGGCCCCGCCUCCCCCUCCUCCGCCGCCGCCUCCGUCUCCGUUUAAAGCGUUCGGUCGCCCAGUCCCGUCUCAGAGGAGCCGCCCCACAGCUGGUGUCUUCGGGGUCGGGCUUGCUGGGUGACUCCGUGUCCGCCUGCUGUCGACUGCGAGAGCGCCUCGGACGGAAGAUGGAGAGUAACGUGGCAGAGCACAGCGCCGGGAGCGAGGGGCAGGUGUCCGGUGCGAAAGUCAUCGCCCAGGCCCUGAAAACGCAGGGCGUGCGCUACAUGUUUGGCAUCGUCGGCAUCCCGGUGACUGAAAUCGCCCUCGCCGCCCAGGAGCUGGGCAUCAGAUACGUCGGCAUGAGGAAUGAGCAGGCGGCUUGUUAUGCUGCCUCCGUGAUUGGAUAUCUGACAGGCAGGCCGGGAGUUUGCCUUGUUGUUUCUGGCCCAGGUCUCAUCCAUGCCUUGGGUGGAAUGGCAAAUGCAAACAUGAACUGCUGGCCCUUGAUUGUGAUUGGUGGUUCCUCUGAAAGAAGUCAGGAAACAAUGGGAGCCUUUCAGGAGUUUCCUCAGGUUGAAGCUUGUAGAUUAUAUAGCAAGUUCUCUGCCCGGCCAAGUAUCAUAGAAGUUAUUCCGUCUAUUAUCGAAAAGGCAGUGAGAAGCAGUAUUUAUGGUCGACCAGGUGCUUGCUAUGUUGACAUACCUGCAGAUUUUGUCAGCCUCCAGGUGAAUGUGAAUUCUAUAAAGUACGUGGAGUGCUGCGCGCCUCCUCCUGUCUGCAUGGCGGAGGCCUCUGCUGUGCGUCUGGCCGCGUCCAUCCUUCGGGGCGCCAGGCAGCCCCUUGUGAUCGUCGGGAAAGGCGCUGCUUACGCCCGCGCCGAGGAGGGCAUCAGGAGACUGGUGGAGCAGUGUCGGUUGCCAUUUUUGCCCACCCCCAUGGGAAAGGGCGUCAUCCCAGACAACCAUCCAAACUCUGUGGCCGCUGCCAGAUCCAGGGCUUUGCAGUCUGCCGAUGUAAUUGUGUUAUUUGGGGCCAGAUUAAAUUGGAUUUUGCAUUUUGGACUGCCUCCAAGAUACCAGCCAGAUGUGAAGUUUAUCCAGGUUGACAUCUGUGCAGAGGAGCUGGGAAAUAAUGUAAGGCCUGCCGUGACCUUGCUAGGAGACAUAAAUGCUGUCACUGAACAGCUUUUAGAACAAUUUGAUAAAACACCAUGGCAAUACCCUCCAGAGAGCAAGUGGUGGAAAACUCUGAGAGAAAAGAUGAAGAGCAAUGAAGCUGUAUCCAAGGAAUUAGCUUCCCAAAACUCCCUGCCUAUGAAUUAUUACACAGUAUUCUACCAUGUUCAAGAUCAGCUACCCAGAGACUGUUUUGUGGUGAGUGAAGGAGCAAACACUAUGGAUAUUGGACGCACUGUGCUUCAGAACUACCUUCCUCGGCACAGGCUUGAUGCUGGUACUUUUGGAACAAUGGGAGUCGGUUUGGGGUUUGCCAUUGCAGCUGCCAUAGUGGCAAAAGAUAGAAGCCCAGGGCAGCGGGUCAUCUGUGUGGAAGGGGACAGUGCAUUUGGGUUUUCCGGCAUGGAAGUGGAAACCAUCUGCAGGUACAACUUGCCAAUCAUACUUUUGGUGGUGAAUAAUAACGGAAUUUACCAAGGUUUGGAUACAGAUACUUGGAAGGAAAUGUUAAAAUCUAGAGAUGCUACUACAGCAGCCCCUCCGAUGUGUCUUCUGCCACACUCACAUUAUGAGCAGGUCAUGACUGCAUUUGGAGGCAAAGGGUAUUUUGUACAAACACCAGAAGAACUGCAGAAAUCCCUGAGGCAGAGCCUGGAAGACACAACUAAACCCUCUCUCAUCAACAUCAUGAUUGAGCCACAGGCCAUGCGGAAGGCCCAGGACUUUCACUGGCUGACCAGCUCCAAAAUGUGAAGACUCCGACACUUCUCUAGGCAGUGGAGAAGCCAUGCUGUGCAGUGAAGAAGUGACUAAGUGGCUAAAGCGUGUGCAGACUUACAGUGACAUGAAUGUACCGAGACCUGGGAACCAGUUCAGUUCCAGAUGGGGAUUAUGACUGAGGCAUGCUGUGGGGAGCGACAUGUGUACUGAGGAAUCACCGGUGUUUUCUGCUGGCAUUUGCUGCUAAUCUGAAUAGCACAGUCAGUGGAUGGAGGAAAUCGAAGGCCCUGCAAACCCCUCCCAUAGGUGAGGCGCAGGUUAAGGUGCACCUCGGGUGGGGUCUGAGGCAGGACUGCCCGUGCCUCCGCUUUUCCCUGGAUUAUCUCGGCUCUCCCUCCCCUGCGAGGCCUUUUCCUGCAGGAGAGAGGCUAGCCGGUCAGCGAGCCCUACAGCCCCGCCACUGAGGGAGCCGAGAACAAAGGCACCCAGAAACCACUAGGUCUCCAGCCUCAAGGUCUGAAGGGAACACUUUACAAGGUUCGAUGCAGGCCUGGAAAUACCAGAGAUGGCAUCACCCGUCCUCCCCUUCCCACGGUCACCGGAGCCGGCUCUGUGGAGUACACGGGCCACAGCUGGACGGUUUGUCCCGAGGCCCAUUCCCUGUCCCUGCGUUUCCCAGGAGCUGCCUCCUCACCCUGCUGGUCCCGGUGGGCUCAGGAAAUCAGACCCAGCGUCCGCUGCAGCGCUCUGUGCGCGCACACCUGUUUUUUGCCACUUGGAAGCAGCUGUAUUGCUAAAGGUCCGGCUCAAACCACCUCUGCCAAGAAGCUGUCCUCUCCUGGCGCCCCUGCAGCACCCUGCGUGUGCCUCCUUCACCACUUGCGAUGUUCGUGGUGAACUGAGUUCCCACCUUCGUCCCAGCCCGACUGAGUGCCUGUGUGCCCGGACGUCGCCCAUCUCUCCUCUUCCAUGGCCUGCUUCCUCUUGCUCUGUUUGGCAAGCUGCUCUGUGGGGUGGCCCUUGAAGAACCUGCUCCCACAUAGUGACACAAACAUCACAUCGGGGACACUUCCUUGUGGGGGUGGUGAAACAAGAGGAGGGGUGCACGUCACAAAAGCUGCAGCAGACAACUGUAAACAAGGGUGAGGGUGGAUAGAUAAGGCCCGCUGUCCUCCGAGGUACACACUGGGUGCUGUGGUGGGGGCCCUGGGGAGAGGACAGCUUCAGGGGGGUUAUUUCCCACCUCAGCAGAACAGGUCAAAAGUGAAGUUGAGUUGAGUUACUGGGAAUAAAUAUUUUUUUCACACCUGAGUGCUAUGCGCCAAAAUUUACACCCACUGCACUGAGCACUCCCAGCUAAUGGGGACACUCCAGCCCCCACCCUCCCUCCGCCGCUCCUCUGGUCCCCUCUCCCCACCGCCCUGCCUACGUUAUUCUUCAGAAUUUUCCUGGUUAUCUUCAUUUGAUUACUUUCUGUAUUAACUUUAGUACCACACACAACAAAUCUAGUAAUGCCCAUUUAAAGAUACAGUGAUUAGUAGAAAGACUUCAGAUUCAGCAGGGCCACCAGAUCAGGAGAUGAUUGCCGAAGAAAAGACAGUUUCCUACUCACAGUUCCCCAGAGGAGAGGGCGCAGGGCCGCAGGAGGAAGCAGGUCGUCCCGGCACUGAGAGACAGGGAGCUGGUGGGCUGCAGCCUUUACCGUGGCUUCCUCGGGAGGAAGGAUGUGAGGCAGAUUAAACAGAUUUGGGAUCGGCUCCUUUGAACAAUGCCCUUGGGCUCCAGGGUGCAGAGGCUGCCCCCACCUGGUGCACGACCCCGGGGCGACUAGGGCGGGGAGCUGGA